AUGGACAGUAAGAUGUGUUGUGCAAUUUUUUUUCUCUUUUCUCUGCAGCUAAUGGGUUAUGAAAGUAACAUGCUGCUGCUGAAACAAAUUGUCAGUCAAGCUACAAUGCAUUUUGAUCAAAUUGAAGGAAAUGAAAGAGAUGGGUGGGGUGUAAUGAAGGAAUGGAGAGAGUGGGGCUGUGUGUUAAGAUAGUUGUGUUGGGGUGGGGUUUGGUGUCGUUAGACUGGUAGGGUGGGUACGAUUAGUUAAGAUGAGGGUGGGGAGGUAAGGUUGAGGUUGGUUAGUGAGAUGUGAUGGAGUUAGACUGGCUGAAGUUUGGUCAAAUAAAGUGAGGUUAGGUUGGGUGAGGUAAGAUUGGAAUAGCUAAGAUGGGUGGAAGAUCAAUGUAGUAACCGGACGAGAGCCGUAGUUAGAUUGAAUGAUGUGAAGUUAUUUGAGUAAAAAGUAGGUGAGGUGAGAGUGGUUGAAGUGAGCUGAGGUGAGGUUUUCUGAGAUGUAAUAAGGUGAACCGAGAAGGGGUAUAGGGAAUUGUAGUGAGUUAAAAUGCCUGAUUCAAGAAACAAAUUGCAAUUUGGUUUGAUUUUCAUUUAUUUUUCACUCUCGUCAGGAAGUGGUGACUCAAAGUAUGGCUAUGGAAACUGUCAGCGCUUGGUUGGAAAACCAUUUGAAAAAGUUGUCAAACGAUUUCGAGGAGAAUACAUCUUGACCACGAUGGACAUUCACAUGUUCCUUCCAGCCGGAUUCACAGAUGAUGAAGUUUAUCGAGUCUCUGUGAAACAGUUUGCCAAACCAAAGCAAGGAGUAUUUUUCCUUAGUUCUAUCCGGCAAACGAUGUACAACAAGUUUGCCUCGUGUGCAGAUACGUCCGUGGAUAUCAAGCUCUGUGCAUGCACCGUAGAGCAAAACGCUGAUGACCCUAGAAAGAUGUGUUGUUUGGCAAUGGAGUUCCACGCAAAAUGUUUGGUUCGGACACAAUUGUGA